UUCCUGCACGUGCCGGCCCGGCCCCAGCUGGUCGGUUCGUUCCCUCAAUCGGGGCCAGGUGCGAAGGCAGCGCCCUGGAUCGCGCCUGCCCGCGAGCGGCCCCCGAAAUGCCCCCGCCCGGUCCGCCCCGUCCCGGCAGGACGCUGCCCGCUUCGGCCCCGCAUGGAGCCCUCGCUGGAGAACUACUGGGACCAGAGCCCGGGCCAGGAUGACCUUUCAUCAGCUGGUCCUCAACUGUACACUCCCAUGAGCCCUUUUGACACAGACCUACCCAUUCAAGCCGCUCAAAGUGCAUCAUUCGAUUCUCAUCUUGACCAAUCCAAAGAACUUUCUACAGACUUCUCUUCUGUGGAUCUCAGCUUUCUUCCAGAUGAUCUCAACCAAGAAAAUGGAGAACAAACUCAUUCGGAAGAUGGUCAUGAAGUGCAAAGAGAGCAAUACGGGUCACAGUUGACAGAGCAGGACAGUGGGUUCUUAAAUGACAGCAAUUUGUCACAACUGAGCUAUGCGGACGCAACUCAGCCCUCACCUGAAACAUCUGGUGCCUGUCCCCCUUUGACACCUAUGACUCCUAUCACCCCAAUGACACCUGUUUCAGAAAGCUCUGGCAUAGUUCCUCAGUUACAGAAUAUAGUGUCCACUGUAAACUUGGCUUGUAAACUAGAUCUGAAGAAUAUAGCUCUGCAUGCCAGAAAUGCAGAAUAUAAUCCAAAGAGGUUUGCUGCUGUGAUAAUGAGAAUCAGAGAACCAAGAACAACGGCCCUUAUAUUCAGUUCCGGCAAAAUGGUCUGCACAGGAGCAAAAAGUGAAGAGCAGUCCCGGCUUGCGGCUAGGAAGUACGCACGUGUGGUACAGAAGCUUGGGUUCCCUGCUAAGUUCCUGGACUUCAAAAUACAGAAUAUGGUGGGCAGUUGUGAUGUGAGGUUCCCCAUCAGGCUGGAAGGAUUGGUUCUAACUCAUCAGCAAUUCAGUAGUUAUGAACCAGAACUAUUUCCUGGCCUUAUUUACAGAAUGGUCAAACCAAGGAUUGUGUUGCUUAUCUUCGUGUCUGGAAAAGUUGUAUUGACUGGUGCCAAGGAGCGUUCUGAAAUCUAUGAGGCAUUUGAAAACAUCUAUCCUAUUCUAAAGGGUUUCAAGAAAGCAUCUUAAAAUUUCUUUCAAAAAAAAAAAUUGAGGAAUAUAUAGGUUUGUAUGUUUAUGCAUAGAACCAAUGUAACAGUAUUCCUAUACCUAAAUACAGAGUUGUGGAUUACUAGGCCUAUAAAGCCAUUUUGAACACACUAUAAAGUAUGACUAGAUAGAUGCACGAUUUUGUAUGUAGCAUGAAACAAUUUUGCUGUAAAACUUGAUGUUUCUAAUGAAUUCAGUCAUUGUAUCAAGUUCUGUUAAAGAAUUCACAAUAAGCAAAAGUACAUUUACUUUUGAACAGGAAUGUAAAUUAGCACCAUUAUUGCACUAAAAAAUAUUUUACAGUACAAUUAAUGGAAAUCUGUUUUUCUGCAGUAGAAUGGAUGUAUCCAUGGAGGUUAGUCCAUAGAUCAGUCUUGUUAAAAUCCAUAAGGUUUUGAUCAAUAUUUUGUAGCACUGACAGCUAAUUUCAUGUUA